CUAGGACCGGAGCACAGGGAGGAGGAGCAGGCUGCACGCCCAGCAAGAAGCUAGACCCGGGUCUCAAGCGAUGAAUGGGGGCGUCCGGGCCAAUCCCAGAGGAGAAUUUACAGCCGCCAGAGAAGGGGACCAAUCAUAUGCCAGGCACAGCGGAAGCCGCGAGGAUGAAGCCAAUCAGUUGUGAGAACAGGGUUGGGGCGGAGCCGCGCGGAGUUUCAAAUCGGCUGGGGUCUGCGAAGAGCCUCUGUGUCUGGUCUCUGCGUUGGGCGUUGCCGGAGUCUGGCGGGCAGAGGAGACUGGGCCGAACCUAUGGCAUCUCAGUGGCACGGCAUGAGAUCCUCCGCACGCCGCCCAUCUCUCCUGAGGGAGGAGCAGACGGAAGAGGAGGUGGAGCGGUCUACAGCCAGCCAAGUGGAGCCAUCCACCGGGGCCCUGGGCUCCCUGUGUAGACAGUUCCAGCGAAGACUGCCCCUGAGAGCAGUCAGCCUCAACCUCGGGUCGGGGCCCUCCUGGAAACGUCUGCAAACCCCAGAGCUGGAGCAGCAGGGCUUCCAGGCUGCAGCUCGCUCAGCCAAGAAUGCCUUGGGUGCCGUGUCCCAGAGAAUCCAGGAGUCCUGCCAGAGUGGCACCAAGUGGCUGGUGGAAACACAGGUGAAAGCCAGAAGGAGGAAGAGAGGGGCACAGAAGGGCAGUGGCUCCCCACCUCCCAGCCUAAGUCAGAAGAGCACCCGGCUGUGUGGAGCCACUCUAGACCCUGGCAAGAGGGAGUAUCACCGCCUCUCUGCCCAGAUGGGCCCACGUGCUCACCCCCGACGGCGGCCAAGGAGGGAUGCUGCCUUCCAGAACCCCUACUCCUUGACAGAGCCCCUCUGCUCUCCCAGUGAAUCUGACAGUGAUCUCGAGCCUGUGGGAGCCGGAAUACAGCAUCUCCAGAAGCUGUCCCAAACACUGGACAAGGCCAUCAUGACUGAAGACAAAAAACAAGUCCUGUCUGGCCACGAAGUCCUCAUACCCAAGAUAUCUAUGUUGCCUGCCCCAAAGCUUCCCAGAGGGAGAACCAGAGGCAUCAGCUCCCCUGGACCACCACUAACAAGGACCUGAUGAACAAGGGGCCCGGCAUACUUCUGCUUCAGCCACAUCUGGGCCCAUGGGUGACCAUCUGCCACAGCCUGGGAGUGACUUGGAAAGUUGGGGAGUUGCUCUUACUCCCUCGGGGGACUCUUGGGCUUAGGACCCCAUCCCACAGUCAAGUCUUGUGGUUGUCUUGUUCGCAGUGGGAAGGCAGUCUUUGGGGAGUCAUCUAUAGACUUCCUAGCUAUAUUUCCAAGGCAGAAGUUCUUGGGGACCUACUUCUCCCACCAGGGCCCUGGCAGAAAGGAGAGGCAAUAUCUCCAAAUUCUGCUACCUGGGCUUAUGGGUGACUAUUUAUGAGCUUAGCAUAGGACAGUGGGCAUUCAGGGAGGGGGAGUUCCACUCGAGAGCAGUUCCGCCCUUUGUAAAUUAUUUAAGAACUCUGCUUUACCAUUGUAUUAUAAAGAAGCCCAUGUACCCUGUUACCUAAAUCACAUUGCAUUUUCAUAAUAAAGACUUAU